AUGGCAGACACCCAGCAUCCCAGCACAUCCGAACGCUUCAUCCGCAGCGCCGGCGAUGUACGCGAAGAUCCAAACCAACGCCUCUGGGCUCCCGCGAGAUGGGUGGUGCAGAUGAUCCAGUACCUGAUUGCGAUCAUUAUGGUGACGAUUGGGGAGGGGAUAAAAGCGAUCUUUACCGGCGAGUCGCCGAAGAAGAGGAGGAACAGUGAUGCGAGGACGGAGUGA